AUGUUGUCCUGCCGUCGCAGGUUAAACCAGCGAGCGCAACCAGCCUCUCCUACUGAGACACUGCUUGAGUUCUCCUCGAAAUCAACAUCUAGCCUCACUUGUGGCCCAAAAUCUGACCCCGAAAGUCACGGUAAUGUCAGUACUGAACUACAGUCAAACAGAAGUGCCCGAUAUACCAGGAUUGUUUUGGGAGGGAAAGCAAAUGCAGAGAACCUACCGGUGCCUAAAACGAAGAGGCGAAAACCGGGAGACGAAAGUUACAAAUUAGUUGAAGGUAUGGAAGAAUUGGCAGGCUGCUCUCGACCUUGUCCUCAGUCGGUGGAAAAUGGAUCUACCGCGCAGAAAACGAGAUCGAAAAAACCUAGAAAACAGACUCUAAAAGGCCAGGGUUCAGAGGAAACGACCAAUCCAAGGCUGAAAGGGAAGAUCAUAAAGCCAUCCACUACCUCCAAAAUAUUGACAAGUAAGAGAAGCAUUAUGCAUCCUGCUGAUCUACAGCAGAAGGAGGCUGGAAGUCCUGGUUGGGAGUCAUGUGGAUUACGCCUUGAGGAAGCUACUAUAAGAAGAGACUUUUGGACACCCAUAAAGAACACAACUCCGGCCCAUAUUGACCUUACAGGAUCUCCCGUCUUCACGCAAACAGGGGAAACUCAGGAUAAAGGCAAUGACUUCAGGUCAUUGAUGUCCGGGUUCAGUUUCUCAAGAGAAACCUCUCGUGAAAUUGGCUCUGAUGGUCAAUAUCCUGCUGAAGGGCCAACAACAAAACAGCUCUUAGAGUUCAUACCACAAAGCUUGCCUUCAGGCAAAAAUUUGGAAGCUGAGGCUCUCGAUACAGCUGCGUCUAGUACCUCGGAAGGAAAUAGCCGGUUUAAACCAGCUGGAAAACCCAAACGACCCGCCAAAUCAAAGAUCACUACGAUCACUUCGCUAACUACAGGGCGGUACGAGUCACCGUUUACAUCAGAAGGCGGUGACUAUAUUUCGUCAGCCGAUAAAGACGUAGAGUCCAUCCAACCCGCCAGAAAACCUACUUCGAAGCGUAAGGCUACAAAGGCAAAAUCUGGAACAAAGAUUUCGAAGGACGAAUGCCAAGCUCGAUUUAGACCUGCUCCUACUGUCGAAGCCCUACAGACUAUUGAAAACCAAACCUUGCUAUUCGGGACUUCCAGUCAGCUAGAGAGAGAUUCCAGUCCUAGUGUCUAUGGGAUAGAGUCUGGCCUAGAACACAGUCAAGGUCAGGGUGAAUCAGCAAGGGUAAGGUCUAGAGAGCUCUCCUCCGGCCUUGGGGUUUCGAGGUUUUCCAAAUCUAAGAACUUAUGGGCGGCAAGUUCUCGUGACCUAGAUGGUUAUCUCUUGAACGUUGAAAUGGUUGAUUUGGUCGAACCAGCAGCUCCAGCAUAUCAACCUCAGGACGAGCAACAGUCUACCAACAAGUUUUCUCAAGUUGGGAUACAUACAGAAAUUCUACCACCGAUUGAACAUGAAAGCUCCGAGAAGACUGAACCAUCCAUUCACACUGUUGUUAAUAUUGACACUUCCGAUACUAUCAAGAGUCCCCAUGAAAUUUCAACCACCCAUGACAAUGAAAAUGGGGUUGCAAGCAUACCGGAUUUUAACCGACUUUCAACCGACGCCCUCACAGCCAAGGUGGCGUCUUUUGGUUUUAGGCCGAUUAAAAGCCGUGAGAAAAUGAUAGUUCUUUUGGGGAAAUGUUGGGAAAGUAAAAGGAAAGCUGCUGGUAGACCAGAAAUUGGACCAUCUGAACGAGAUGAACCACAAGGAACUUCUCAAGGACGACCCUUGAACAAUACUACAAAUCCGAUAGAAGCUGGCCCUAUACCUAGCGUUAUCCCCUCAAUACGGACGACCACUCCCGAUGGAAUAGUCGACUCCUCGCGAACAAUUGAGACCAUAUCUCACAACCUGAAAUUGCCUCCAAAGGCUAAGGGAAACACACUCCGUUCCAAGGGCACCGAACGUGAUACUCAACCUAAUACAAUAGAAAUAGACGAUUCUACCGAUGAAGGCUUACCAGAGUCAUCUAAACAGCUGACCAGCUCUGGGAAUUCCCAUCUUCCUCCUCGGGUAUCAUCAUGCGAUAAGCCCAGUGGCCUUGUGCCAGGCCCGGGAGCAUUUUCAAUCCGAACUAAAGGAGUUAGUACCAAGGAAAACGAACCAGCAGAACUCCCAAAUAUAUUUCUACAAAUUACAAAUGCUGUCAAAGCACAGCCUCGUAUACGCAGCAUCAAGGGUAUCAAGCAACCCACAUGGCAUGAGAAAAUUGUCAUGUAUGAUCCUAUUUGGCUUGAUGAUUUUACGUUAUGGCUGAAUGUGGAAGGCUUUAAACGCAUACACGAAGAUCGAGAAGUUCACGCAUCACUGGUAAGGGAAUGGUGUGAAAGCAAAGGCAUCUGCUGCUGUUUCAAGAAUAAGAGAUGA